UUUUUUUUUUCCCCGUUCUCUUCUUCUCAUUCUUCUUCUCUCUUUCUUCUUUUUUCUUUAUUCUCAUUUCUUUUCAUUUCUUAUAUUCAACACAUUUUUCAUCUACUUUCCUUUGUCAUUGUCAUAAACACUCUCCCUGCUACCUUCUGCUUCAAGGUUUUGAGUAAUUUCAUUGGCUCCCUCUCUGUGCUUCGUUUUUGCAUUCCAUUUCUUUUUCUUUUUUCCUCGCCAUUUCUUAUUUACCUUUGCCAUAGUCGAGAAAAAAUAAAGACAGGGCAUGUCGAAUCCAAUGUUUGACGACUUUAUUGAGCUUGACCUGCUCGACCACUCUGAGACGACUGGUGAUUUGUUCUCCUACUAUCUGGACACAGCUGCCGGUCUCGAUGUUAGCGCCACCGACCUUGAGGCCGCCGCAGCAGCCCUCAUUGCAUCUCCUGACGAUGAAUCCGAGCCUUCUAUCAUGACAAUGGACUUGGCUAUCAAACAAGAAGACACUACAGACACACAAAUUCUUCUUGACCCUUCUCCAUUUGAUCAACAGUCGCUCAAAAUUCCCACUGAGGCUCAAAAACCUUCACUUGCCUUUGGUGAUCAGGCAUUGACAAUGGUCCGGCCUGAUCAGCUGACGAUCGAGCCCCAGGCUACAACCGUCUCCCUCGACAUAAUUUCCCUGUCUGUUCCGUCAUCGUCGGCUGCAACAGGCUUGACUCAAAAUGUUGCAUCCGUAAACACGCCGAUGAAAGCUACAUCAUCUAUAGGAACGAAACGUUCCAGUCCUGAACCCCCAUCUGGACUGCGUAAACAUGCCAAGACUGAAUCUACCUCAAAGUCAAAAUCAAAUAGCGCGAACUCUCGAAAAUCGUCUAUUUCUCCUUCAAACUCAACAAUAGCCGGUGUUACUACAGCUGCUGUUUCACCUAACACAUUAAAUACAACUGAAUCGUCAUCAUCAUCCAAUGCUUCAAGCAUUACGUCUGAGUCUACACCCGAUUCCCCCGUAUCUCCAGUCAACACUACCCUGUCCCCAGCAACACUCCAGUUCUUGCUACAACAGCAGGAAGAAACGCCACUCAUCCCUCAGUUAUUCACCGGAAAACUCACAAGAGAGGAGAUUGAGGAGACAUUAGCCCGCUUGCUAGAGUCCACAAAGCAUCUGAUAGCGACCGCUGAAGAGUCUCCCAAAGUCAAGGAUGAGACUCCUGCCUCAGAAGAUGACUCGGAUGAUAAUGUCGAAGGUGGUGAGGCUAAUGAAGCAGCAAUGACAACAACAACAACAGCUUCUGCUGAGCAAACUCAUGGUCUCAAGACACAGCCUGGAAUAAAAACCGAUGAUAUUCCUUCUUCAACAGAUCUGAAGAAAAUGACUUCCAAAGAACGUCGUCAGCUUCGCAAUAAGAUCUCUGCACGUAAUUUCAGAGUUAGAAGAAAGGAAUACAUCUUCACUCUCGAGGGACAAGUGCUCCAACAUAAAACGGAGGCAAGGUACCUGCGUGAAGCGGUUACUCUUGUUCAAGAAGAAAAUAUACGUCUUAAGGGUGAACUCGAGGAGGUCAAGCGCCAAUUGGCAGAAAGGAAUAUUGUUAAUAAUACAGCUGCUAUUAGUACAGUUACCGCCACCGCUGCGCCUGCACCCGACCAAGUAGCGACUACCAGUCCUACUGCGCCCCUUUCCAAGGAAAAUCAAUCAUUAUUGACAUCAAUCCUAAACCGUAGCACCCAAGCAUUAAAUCCCAGUGCCAAGAGUGGCCUGCCCUUGUCUAUGCCUCGACCCCAAUCACCAAUCCUUACACUCAACCUCCACAAGGAUGUGCCUAAUUCUUCUUCGGGCAGCACUAGUCAGAACUCAUGGAAGGACAAAAAUCCAAUCAUGGUACAUACCACUUUGGUACCAGAGAUCUGCUUAAGCGAUGAGUUCCAACUUGGUGAGAAAAUUAAAUCCAAGGACAAUGACAUGGUUGAUCGACCGUGGCUGCAAUGGAGCGAUAAAGUCCAGCCAUCAUCAAAUACCAAUCCAUUUUGGAUGUCAGGAGUUGUGUUCGAGCUGAUGACUACAUUUGCCAAUAUGACCUUUAUGAGCACCAAUUCGAAGCCAGAUGUGGCUGUUGUCGAAGAAGUCGUCACUGACGAAGCAAGUUUAGAUGAAGACUUGGACUGGGAUUUGCAACAGAGUCUUUGGGCUUUAGCACAUGCUGAAGAUGAGGAUGAUAUGACAGAUGAACAGAUCCAACUGUUCUAUGAGCUGAGUCAGCUGCAGAUUUCAGGCAGUCGAUCAGAGUUUCCAUCGGCAGCACAAGAGGACCCUAAUAUGAUCGAUUGGCUCUACGAAUCCAUGAUGGCUCGUCUAGUUGAUAUGGACCUGCAAAGCAAUCAAGACCAGCCCUACUCUGCUCUUUCUGAUCCUCAUCUGGUAUGAGGUCUUGUACAAUUUGUGAUCUUACGACAAACAUUCCAUAUCUCAUUUUCUUUCAGUUGUUAGACUUGUGCCAUUUAUUCACUCGUUCUUUCUUGUGUAUAGCUUUCAAAUGUUAUCAAUCUUUUCGUACAUGUAUUUCUUAUCCUCAGCCCCUCCUGUGCCAUAUCCACUUCUGACUUUUUAUUUUCCUCUUGAGAGCGAAAAUUGGUAAAAAAAUAAUAAAAAUAAAUAAACUCCUUUGUUUGA